AUGAAAAUCCGCACAUCAUUCCUAUUCCUCCUCUUUACUUCCACAAUUCUCACCAACGCUUUGCCCAUUCUUGUCAAACGUCAAAACAACGUCGAGAUAGAAACUGAUAACCUUCUCUUCAAAGAUUCCAUACAACAAUUUCUCGAUGCCAAGGCCAAAGGCAAUCCCAAAUUAGAUUUCAACGACGAUGGUUGCAGCAAUUCUCCCGAUCACCCCUUUGGUUUUAACUUUCUUCCUAGUUGUCAACGACACGAUUUUGGAUAUCGUAAUUACAAGAACCAAGGCCGUUUUACAGAAGAUAAUCGCGCGAAGAUCGACAAUAAUUUCAAGAAGGAUAUGUUUGAUAUAUGUAAAGAGUUCAAAGGGUUGAAGAGUUUUUUGGGAGUAAAAUGUAGGAGGAUAGCUGAAAUCUAUUUCAACGCGGUGAGAGCAUUUGGAAAUCUUGAUGAUAUUCCGCUUAUCCCAGGGAUCUAA